CUUGAAUAAGCUCACUUGAAUAAGCGUACACCUUGGCUUAAAAUUACCCAAGAAUGUUUCAGCUGAGUGAUGAGAUGGCACAAAACACUGGAAAAUACACAGGAUGGUAUUGGGCAGUUGCAUUGGUGCAUGAGGACAAGACCCAAAGCUCACCAUCUUGUAGGCUUUACCCUUACUAUCUUCCUGGACCCUGCAUGGUAGUAUUUAAGUCUUAUAACAGCACCAAACGCUGCAAAGGAAUGCGUGUUUGGUAGGCAUGUCUUUUGAGGAACGAGAAGGUGGUAGGAGUCAGUUCCCUCCUUCAAGGUACACGUCAGCCAAGGGCCCUUCAGAUUGUCUAACGGGAAGCACAUCAGCAAUCCUGUUACUGCCAACCUGGACAAAAGUCAUGCUGACAUUUCUUUAGCACUACUGUGUUUACUGUAGAAUUGGGUAUGUGUGCUACUUUUGAAAAAGGGCUACCUCCACUUUCUUCUCAACAGCUAGAAAUUGUUAGCUAAUGUUUAGGCCAAACUACUAAGAGGUUUGGAUGUUGAUCCAGGUCUCCACAGACCAAGACUUUUAUCAGUAGUGCUCUCUGCCAGAACUCUCUUCCCUUUGUCCCAAGGUUGCCAUUUCUCAUGGGGAGGUGGAAAAGGCUGACUUCAGCCCCUCAUGAGAUGGGAGCUGGAUCAGAUCCUGCCUGUCCAUUCUUCCUUCUGUGGCUCCAGCUGAUUACUUGUAGACUUUCCUUUAGGUGCCCCUCUCAUGCCAAGAAUAGCCAACAGCCCUUAUCUGAAGUGGAAAUUGAUUCUCUGCAUUGGUUUCAUUUGCAGGAUUUUAAGCUCGAGUUUGGCCAUCAUCAAGGCAGGACAAGUUCUGUCUGGCAUGGAGGUACAGCUACCAUUGUUGAGAGCCCUGGAGACGAAGUGUGGGGAAUAGUGUGGAAAAUGAACACUAGCAAUUUAAGUUCACUGGAUAAGCAAGAGGGAGUUGAAGAUGGCAUUUAUGUCCCAAUAGAAGUUAAUGUCCACACUCAAGCAGGAAAGGUACUGACCUGUCGAAGCUACCAGAUGAAGGACUAUGUCUGUGGUCCCCCUUCUCCUCAGUAUAAAAGGGUUAUCUGCAUGGGUGCAAAACAGAAUGGCUUGCCAGCUGACUAUCAGAAGAAAUUAGAAGCUAUUGAAACUAAUAACUAUGCAGGGCCGGUGCCAAUCAUGGAAGAGAUUGAAGCUGCUAUUAAAGCAAAGAAGAUAAAUUCUGCAUAGAAUACCUCUGCACUUGCUUGGCCAUUCACCUUGAUUUAGAUACCUCUCCUCACUGUGCUGAUCAGCAGUUUCUUUAUUUAUCAAGAAGAGAUGAGUUUGCUGUGCAUCUACAGUAAGCCAUUAGACAUAAUUUGCAGUCUGAAGACACACUGACAUUGGUAACUUCUUUGCUUUGUAUGUAUAACUUGAGUACAUGCUGAAGUUUUUGCAGACUUAGAAAUUAUCUUUCUGUAAUUGUCAUACAGUGCUGCAUGCAAAUUUGUGCUUGGUAUCCUGUUUACUGACCUUUUUAAAAGAAAAAGGCCAUCUUGAGUAUUGGCAUCUGCUGCCUUCUGAGGAGUAAGGGCUGCAGGAUUAGGCCCUUUGUUCUUAAAUGUUGUAUACACAAUUAUCAAGCAUUUCAAAUAUUUGUUAGAUGCAAAGUAGACUCAAAACUCUAAACCAAGACUAAACUUGUUCCUCCACUGCUUCUCUUAAUGGUUUAAAGCCCAACCUCUGAAGCUAUGGAGUUCCUGUUUCUGUUUACAUAGUUAACAAAGAAAGAAAAGUAAUAUUUUUUUAACUGUCUCCGUGUUUUUAAGUGUUAGUCCAAAAGGCAACCCAGGCCUGAAGACAACAUCCAGCAAAGGGUCUCAUUCAAAGCAUAAUGGCCUCAUCCUUUCUAUGUCUAGUAGGCGAACUGGUUGGGUAUAACCAACAGAUUUUAAGGAAUGCAUUUUAGUUAGAUAAUUCCAAAGUUUUUUAAACUACCUUUCUGACUGGCUUGUUGCUUAUCUAGGCCUUGGUCUCAUGUCCAGUGAAAUCAGGCAGUUCUCCUGUGAGUCCUGGUGCAUUUGUUUAUUGAUUUUGUUUGUCUGUCAAACUCCAGAUGAAUAGAUGUGGCCUCUUUUUUUCUACAGCUUUGACACAAUCUCCUGCAAAACUGGAAGCUCUUGUAAGGUUUAGAGUAUGUAUCUUCAUGGUACUUGGCAACCCUUGUAGUUAGUUUGUGGGGGACAAGAAAAAAUUGACAACCUGGAAGGUGUCAAACAACUGAACUUUGGCUUAUCUUCUGUACAGUGUAUUUUUUUUCUCUUGACACGCAGAGGGGUGUGUGUCACUCUGUGACUGCUUAGAUAAACAAAUGACAAAGUAACAAACUUACCAUGUCUGCCGUGCAUAAAAUUUUUCUGUAAACUUCUGCCAGGGAUGUAUAGGUGCUGUCCUAAUGUCAUAUGCCCGUUUCCAGAGUUGGGCAUGGUGACUACAGUAGAACAUGGUACUUUCUGUAUUAGCACUGUCUGGUCUGAA